AUGUGUAGAUUAGUGGAUCCUAUUCCAGAGUUUGUGUUGUACGUGGUUUCAGCUAAUGAAUUGCAUGCAAAGAUGUUGACACGUAGGUUAACCAAAGGAAAGAGUGAUACAGGUGCAGGAGAUGCAGUGAGAGGAGUGGUGGUAUGUGACAACAAGUGUGGUUGCACCGUUCCAUGCCCUGGUGGUGCCACUUGCAGGUGCAGUAGCUCUGGAACUGCAUCGGGAGGGGGUGGUCACGUGACAUGCUCGUGCGGAGAGCACUGUGAGUGCAACCCAUGCUCGUGUUCUAAGACUGUGGCUGCUGGAAGUGGUUGCAGAUGUGGUGCAGAAUGCGCCUGUGCCUCAUGUCGCACCUAAUAUCUUUUUAAAUACAAAAUAUAAAUUAUAAAAUUUUCUCAUAGUGCUUCUAUGUUUUUAUUUAAAUAAACGUCUAAUCUUUUAUCUGAAUAAACACUUAGUGUCACACCUUAAGUCUCACAUUUUAUAAUUUAUGUAUUAGUGAGUUGUGGUUGGUUUUUUAGUUAGCACUUGGUACUGAGGAGUUUCCCUUUGCAAUAGGCAUAACAUGCUGUUAUGCUUAUGCCCAGUUUGUAUACUUGAAAACAAAUCAAUAAUGAAUGAGAAUAUAAUAGUAGUUUUUUAAGUA